AUGUUCGCCAAUUACCUUUAUCCUUCCAUUUACGACUAUUAUGCACUGCAGUUCAAAGAUUGCACAUUCGAGUGGCUCUACUGGCCUCAAGCUCAGGAACCUUUCACCCCUGAUGAGAUUGCAUACAUAAACUCCUUAGAUGCUGAUAAAGACAUUGAAGUUCUGAACUUCCACGGAUGGAACGUACCAGAAAACUGUGCACGCGUCUUCCGCAUCUCCACGAUGCUUCUGAAAAAAGGUGCAGAGAGAGGGCUGACUCCCUUUGCCAUCGGAAGCAUCAUGUGCAGGGAGACAGUUAAGGAAGAGUCUGUCAUCGAGAAGAUAGUUGAGGAAUCCGAAGAAUCUGUGCUGCCUGGAACAAGCGAAUCAGCAUUCCUCGAGUCUAUCUCAGUGAUCAUGGACCGUUACCUUGACGGCCUCUCCCCCUAA